AUGCAGGUGACGCCUGAGACGCGAAACUAUAGGAGUCAACACACAGUAAUACAGCAUUCGACUAUACCAUCUCAGGCAAAAGGCUCUAAGAAAGUAUGCGCACGAUGCCAAAAACCAAUUGCUCCAGGUAGCAAAAGUGGCAAAACCACCUUAAAGGCACUUGGCAAGUAUUAUCAUGAAGAUUGCUUUACCUGCCAUGACUGUGGAAGUCUCUUGAAGCCUAAGUACUUCCCUUACGAGUCACUGGAGACCAAAGAAACGUUUCUUCUAUGCCAAUAUGAUUAUUUCAAGAGGCACAAUCUGCUUUGCUUUGUAUGUGACAAUCCUCUGCGAGGGCUAUACUAUACGGCGUUUGGUGAGAGAUACGAUGAAGAACAUUUUUCCUGUACAAUCUGCUCAGCUCCUUGUGGUGUGAAGAAGUGUUUCAUGUACCAGAAUAAGUUGUAUUGCAAAUACCAUUUUUUGAAAUAUUACUCAAAACGCUGCAGUGGAUGUAAUUAUCCAAUCUCAGAUCAGUAUAUCGAGUUCCCGAAAGGCGAAGAAGUAUAUUGCUGGCAUCCAGAGUGUUAUGGGAUUCACAAAUACUGGCAUGUCAAUCUAUCAGCAGAUACCUUGGGCUUGCCCAGCUUUCCAACUGUUCAGUAUGUCAAAGGGCUUCCAGAUGCUGAUAUCAAUCCGACGCCGAAAGAACUUGAUAAGCAAAUGCAGGCAUUUAAUUCCAUCUUAUCAAGAACUUGGUCCGUACUUUACAGAUUUGAAGAAGAAACAGCUUCUUGCAUAUCAGAUAUGUUCCAAUACUUAGCCAGCUUUGAUCAAAUUAAGGGCAUUACUUCCACUGCAUUAUUCGUUUUAAAAAUUGAAUGCCUGUUCAAAGCGAUUGGUUCGUUUGAUUCUUUUGACAAAGAACAGCAGCUGCAAAAUGACUCUCAGAUACCAACCCUUUCUACACCAGAGAGCAACAACAGUUCAGAGACUGUUAAUCUUAAAUACAGCAAGUUCCCAAGAAACUUAUCAACCAAAAUCAUGAUAUACUUGCAACUAUUAAGGAAACUGAAUGCUGAAGAUCUGAAAGUAAACAUUUCCUCAUUUAUGUCGGUCAUUACUGGCUUAACUCAUUUUUUGAAGCUUCUCACAAGAUAUGGAUUGUACAGCGCACUUGAGAGAAACAAAUCAGGACGUUCAAUGAAUGCGCUGAUAAAGUUUUUACGUGAGGUCGAGAAAAACGAGAUAUAUGAAAAUGAUCCAUUUUCAUAUAUAGACCUAUCCAUUAACGCUACAGAUAACUGUGCUGCAUGUGGAAAAUACAUACAAGAGGAUUGUAUUCAGUAUCACGAAAAAAGGUGGCAUAUAACCUGCUUUUUCUGCUCUAACUGCAAGCGCAAGAUUGAUCCUCGAGAUUUGAGUGACGCCACUUAUAAUAAAAUUUUGAAGCUAGUGAUAUGUCCCCAUUGUUCCGUCGCAGACCCUGCCUCCGUUACUGGAUUCAAAUAUGUUACCAAACUCGCACAGUUAAUAUUCUUGUUGAAAAUCGCCCUCAUCAGAUCAAGAGCAGUAAUGGAGGCUCAAAUGAGGACAAAGGUGGCCAAAAACCCGGGCAGGUCCGAUAGUAGCUCUAUUUCGAUGCAGCAGACCUAUAUCAGGACGCUAAACGACAUCAAAAGACUGAAAUCAAGAAGAGAAUACGUACGAGUGACUCACAAUAAGCAAGACGCUCGUAAAUCUGUUGUACUCGAAACUGGGGAGCAUGAUGUCAAUAAUGCGCCUUCGCAACAAAAUAAUUCAUUGGUAAUCCGUACAGACCCACCUCUUCCAUCUGAGAACAUACGUCAUGACAAUGUUUUCACCGACACCAAGACCUUGACUUUGGAUGAUAUCUCGCGUAUCGUCGCAGCAGAACAUGCUAGAGAGCUCAGACCAAAUGCAUUCACAUACUUCAAAAAGUUGAGAGAAAGUGAUGAUGAGACGGUUGGGGUUGUUGCAAAAAAAAGCGGAGUGUAUUACUCAGAACUUGAUGAGAGGGAGUUGACGUUAAUAAAAAUGAUUAAUCUCUCUUUAUUAACACUUGACCAGAGGAUUAUCACCGAAGACUUGGCUGUAACUAAAUUGAUACCUCCUUCACUAAAGAAUGAGAAGACAGUUCCCUCAAAUAGUUUCUGGUGGAAAAUGAAAUUCAAGAUGAACAAGGAAGCAAAAAAGGCAGCUCCUUUGAAGGUGUUUGGUACACCGCUUGACUCGCUAACAUUGAAAUGGGGUGUUGAAUCCGAUUUGGGUGUCGGACCUGAGAAAAUUAAAAUACCAAUAAUCAUAGAUGAAUUGAUUUCCACCUUACGCCAAAUGGAUAUGUCCGUAGAGGGUAUCUUCAGGAAAAACGGUAAUAUAAAGAAACUAAAAAAAAUGACAGCAGAGAUUGACGACAAUCCUGGUGGAGUGCCCGACCUCUCUAAAGAAAAUGCCAUUCAGUUGUCAGCAUUACUGAAGAAGUUUAUCAGAGAGUUACCAGAUCCGUUAAUGACAGCCCCCCUUUACAACAUCUGGAUCAAUGCUGCGAAGAUUGAGGCAGAGGUCGAGAAGCAAAGAGUGUUUUCGUUGGUAUACAGUUUGUUACCUGUGCCUAACAGGAACGUACUCGAGGUUCUUAUGUCUUUUUUAUGCUGGACAGCAUCUUUCUCGCAUAUUGAGAACGAAAUGGGUUCAAAAAUGGACAUUCACAAUUUGUCUACAGUAAUAACACCCAAUAUACUUUAUUUGCCGAAUAGUGGAGUUCCAAACGUCAGUAUCAACGACGUUUCGGAAUCAUACAAUGAUGCGUUUGCACAAAAUGAGGGAGAGGACUACUUUUUGGCCAUCGAAGUAGUAGACUACUUGAUAACCCACAAUGAGGAUAUGGGCAUGGUCCCAAAAUUUUCAAUGGCUUUACUCAAGGAUAUUCAAAAAGAAGGUUUAAGCGACUAUGAUUCUGUCAAUAAGUUCAUCACGUCCAAGUUGCAGAACCAUGAUAUUGAUUUCUCAGAGUUUGAAAUGCAAAGAAAUAUUGAAAUGAAGCAUUCAACUUCAGUGGUGACAAAAGGUGAAGUUGUGAAAUAG